AUGGCUUUUGAAACUUCCUUCAAUCCUCAAGCAUUUCAAACCCUGAUCUUAAUCAAAUUUGAUGAUGAGAAUUUUAUGGUUUGGAAACAACAAAUUCUUGCCACAAUUCGAGGUUUGAAGCUCAACAAAUAUCUUCAUGAAGAACACAUUCCAAGGAAAUUUGAGUCCAAAGAACAUAAAAAAUCUG